UUCUCUCAAAAAGGUGGACUUCAAUUUCUUCUUCUUUUUUUUUUACUCUAAUAAGAUGCCAAUCCACUAUUUCACUCCACUUUAUUCUUUCUUCUUCUUCCUUUAGAUAAUGCUCGAAUCACUUUGUGCACACUUGAAAAUUGUUAAUCAAGUACACGUGUCACUGUAUCUUUCCACCAAGAAUUGAAACAAAUGGACUUAUAAUAGUGAAUAUAAACGUAUUCUUGUUUUUCAUCAAAUCUUGAAAAAUAUAAUUUUUGUUGGGUAUUCUUGUUUUGUCUAUGAAGAAGGUUAUGGAUUCUUUAGCUUUGGAUGCUAUAAUCAAUCGUUUACUGGAAGUUCGUCAUCGACCAGGGAAACAAGUCCAGCUAUCUGAGGCUGAAAUUAGGCAUCUUUGUCUUAAGUCUAAAGAAAUUUUCUUGAAGCAGCCUAAUCUUCUUGAGCUGGAUGCACCAAUAAAGAUCUGUGGGGAUAUUCAUGGUCAGUAUUCUGAUCUGCUGAGGCUAUUUGAAUAUGGUGGAUUACCUCCAAGAUCCAAUUACCUAUUCUUGGGCGAUUAUGUGGAUCGUGGGAAGCAAAGUCUGGAAACAAUAUGCCUUUUGUUUGCAUAUAAAAUAAAGUAUCCCGAAAACUUUUUCCUUUUAAGGGGAAAUCAUGAAUGUGCUUCCAUUAAUCGUAUAUACGGAUUCUAUGAUGAGUGCAAGCGAAGGUUCAAUGUUCGAUUGUGGAAGAUCUUCACAGAUUGUUUUAACUGCCUGCCUGUGGCAGCUCUGGUUGAUGAAAAGAUAUUAUGCAUGCAUGGUGGACUCUCCCCCGACCUUCAUCAUCUGGAUCAGAUACGGAACCUCCAUCGACCAACUGAUGUUCCAGAAGUGGGACUGCUUUGUGAUCUUUUAUGGUCAGAUCCUAGUAGGGAUGUUAAAGGGUGGGGAAUGAAUGAUAGGGGUGUUUCCUACACAUUUGGUUCGGAUAAGGUGACAGAGUAUCUUCAGAAGCUAGAUCUUGAUCUCAUUUGCCGUGCCCACCAGGUUGUGGAAGAUGGGUAUGAAUUUUUCGCUGACCGACAGCUAGUGACCAUAUUCUCUGCCCCUAAUUAUUGUGGAGAGUUUGACAAUGCUGGUGCCAUGAUGAGUGUGGAUGAGACACUGAUGUGCUCUUUCCAGAUAUUAAAGCCUGCAGAAAAGAAGCCCAAGUUUGGCUUUGGAAGCGCAACUAAAAAUGGAACUUCUCUGACCAAAACAAAGUCAUUUCUGGGCAAAAUAGGAUGAAAUAAACCGAACACUUCCCUUCUUAUCACCUCAGUUAGCUCCGUGGCAUGCAGCCUUGUUAGAUGUUUGGCUCGGGUUGGAAGCAUCGAAGAAGAGUCUGAAGCUGAAGAUACCUACGUAUGAUAUAUAAGAAUCCAAAAAUCUGUAACCAUUCUGAUUGUUUUGUAUAAUAUAAACCAAAAUCUGGUGAACAUGACCUCUUGUGAUUCACCAGCAAAAAGUUUUACUAACCCUUCAACUCUUUUAUUUGUGUAAUUAGGGGUGUAAAUGAGUCAGGCUGUCUGUGAACAAAAGUUCAGCUCAAGCUCGUUUAAUGAAACGAGUUGAGCUGAGCUUGUGUUCGGCUUUCAGCUUGAAUAGUAGUCGAGCUGAGCUCAACAAAACUUGGCUUGUUUGUUAGCUCAUGAACAUUUUUACAUUUCAAAAGUUAUGUAUCGUAUCCGUUUUCGUGAUCUCAA